CAUUAGUAGGAAGUGAGCAGAUACCUUUAGAAGUUACUGUAGGCAUUAUGGUGUUGUCAAAAAAUUAUACCCAAAAAGAAACAAAGCAAGACUGAAACCAAAAGGAAAAGAUGCAAACACAGAUAGGAAGUGCUUCCCUCUCCGAUGGGGUUGAAAGUCUUAGUCCCCGCCCUGCAUCUCUUCCAGAACUUCGACUGGUUUUACUAGGCCGAAAAGGUGCUGGAAAGAGCUCUGCUGGAAAUACCAUUCUGUGCCUGCCGGGCGCGUUCGAGACCGGAAAACCAACUGAGGAGUGCGUUAAGAGACGUGCCGAAGUAGCAGGAAAACGCCUUACAGUCGUGGACACGCCCGGUUGGGAAUGGUACUAUCCGGUGAACGGCACUCCAGGAUGGGUAAGACGAGAGACCAUGCGAAGCAUGUCUUUAUGUCCACCGGGACCUCACGCCGUCCUCCUAGUGGUCCGAUCCUGUACCUCAGUGACAGCGGAAUACCAUCGGCAAAUCGAGGAGCACCUGGAACUGUUGGGCAAGAAGGUGUGGGAUCACACAUUGGUGCUGUUCACACGAGGGGAUGAACUGGGCUCGAUUCCCAUCGAGGAGAGGAUUAAAAACGGCGGCAGGGACUUCCAAAGUCUUCUGAAAAGAUGUGGAAAUAGGUUCCACGUUCUGGAGAAUAAACGGCGUGGUGAGGAUGGGACUCAAGUGAAGGAACUGAUGAGGAAGAUGGACAAACUGGUGGAAGAGCGAGGAGGGAGAUAUUAUGAGAUUGACCUUCUACAUCUGGAACUGGAGGCUGAUGGCAAAAGAAGAGCAAGGGAGAGAAGGAAGAAACAGAGACUGAUGGAGGCGCAAACCCAAAGAGGAAGCAUCAGAUCAGUGCUGAUGAAUGUCAAUCCUCAAGUUGAAGAUCUGGACGAGAAAAAUCUUUUCUCCAGGGGUUCACGGCGUCUCCCGGAGCUGAGACUGGUUCUGAUGGGAGAGAGGGAGACGGGAAAGAGCUCCGCUGGGAAUGCCAUCCUCGGAGGACCAGGAUACUUCAAAAGCGGAGAAGCAACAGAGGAAUGCUUAAGACAGCAGGCAGAAGUUUCAAACAGGCUGCUCACGGUGAUAGACGUGCCCGGAUGGGAGGGCGGCCCGGAGGGAACGACUCCGGAGAGAGUGAAGCGAGAGAUCGGAUUGAGCGUGACACUCUGCCCUCCCGGACCUCACGCCUUUCUUCUGGCGUUGAGAGUGGACGCUCUCGUCCAAGCUCCGUCAGUCCGGGACCACCUGGAGCUUCUGGAAGAGACGGUUUGGAGACAUACGCUUCUUCUCUUCACGAGAGGAGACCAACUACGGCAGGGAGUCACCAUCGAGCAGCAAAUCCAAGGUGGAGGCAAGGACCUCCACUGGCUGAUGGAAAAAUGUUCAAGCAGGUUCCACGUCAUCAGCAGCAACUUGUGUUCGCAAGGUCGCAGUUCCUCCGAACAGAUAACCGGACUUCUCGAGAAGAUCGAAAAAAUGGCAGCAGGGAACCGGUGCGAGGCCUUCUCACCGCUCGUCCAUGAGAUUCAAGAGUUGGGAAGACAAAAGAACGAGAAAUUUCAGCUGAAAGUCAAGGAGUUCAAUGAGAAGCUUCAACGGCAAGAAGAGGAACUGAAGAAGAUGAAGGAGAGGGAGGUCAAGAGCAUUCGGUGGUUUUUCGAAAGACGCAAAAAAGACAAAGCGCAAUUCCCCGGGAAGACCGAGAGGGAGGAGGCGCCAUACAGAGGCGAGGACGACAGAAAGAGCAUGAUGGGCGAGCUUGAGGAGAGGAUGGCGUGGUUGACUGACAACAGGGACAGAGAGAUACAAGAGCUGACCACAGAAAUGGGCCGAGUCACGGCAUCCCUCCAUCGGGAACAACGAGAAAAGGAGCAACUGGAAAAGAGGUCAGAAGAACGAGACAGAGAGAGGGAAGAACUUAAAGAGAAGGCGGAAGAACUUCAACUAAAACUGCUGGAACUGGAGCACAAGUGUGUCGUGAAAGAGCAAGAACGGAAAGAGAGAGACGCCGAAUUUCAACGUGUUCACCAGAAUGAGCUUGAUGAGAUGAGAAACAAACUGGCAGAUGCGGAAAACAAGCAUGAGGCGACGAGAAGAAAAUCUGAAGAAACUCACAAAGAAAUGGAGGAAGGGGCCAGACAGAAACUUCAGGAGAUGGAGAGCAAGCUGAACGAAAAGGACAAGACGAUCCAAAGGAUCCUCAUAGAAAUCCAGGAGGUGACUUUAAAGGCCGAGAGCAAAGAAAGAGAAAAGGAUGAAGAGAUGGUCAAACUGAGACAAGUGUUAGAGAUGAUGACCGAAGAGAUGGAACAGCUUCAGACGUCAUAUCGAGAGCAAGUGAAACUGACGGAAACGGAGAGAGAAACGCAUGCAAACGUCAUAGAGAAAUGCAACACGCUCAUAGAUAAACUUGCAGGGAAAGACGAGGAAAUAGCUGUCAUGCGGCGGGAACAAGAACAAACCAAAAAAGAGAAAGAGGAAGAGCUGUGUCGAAAUGAUGUGACGCAAGAGAAACUGCGGCAAAAGCAAGAGGAAAUAAAUACACUGAAACAAAGACUCGCCGAGCAAGAUGAUGAAAGAAAUGCAUUGAGGCAAAGCAUCAACGAAAAACAGAAAGACAUCGAAAAGCUGAAAGACACCGUGCAGAUUCAUAAUGAAGAAAGUGCAUCCAAACUAAAACAAUUACGUGAAGAACUCAACGUAAAAGAGGACGAAAUACACAAAUUAAAACGAAGAGACGUGGAGAAGAACAAAGAAAUGGACACACUUCAGCAAACUAUGGUUGACGAGCGGAGUGAGAUAGAAAAGUUGACAGACAUCAUUCAGACGAACGGUCAAGAAAUGACCAAAUUAAGACAAACGGACACGGAGAAAGACAGAGAAAUGGACAUAUUGAGACGAAACAUCAAUGAAAAACAAAAUGACAUAGAAAAGCUGAAAGACAUCAUCCAGGAUAAUAACGAAGAAAGUGCAUCCAAACUAAAACGUUUACAUGAAGAACUCAACGUAAAAGAGGACGAAAUACUUACAUUAAAACAAAGAGACGCAGAGAAAGAAAACGAAAUCUACAUUUUCAGACAAAACAUCAACGGAAAACAGAGGGACAUAGAAAAGUUAAAAGACGCCGUCCAGGCAAAUGUGGAAGAAAGCACAGCUCAACUAAAAGAUUUACAGGAUGAACUCAAAGUUAAAGAUGAUGAAAUACACCAGUUAAAACAGAGAGAUCUGGAGAAAGAGAGAAAAAUUGACAUGUUGAGAAAAAACACCGAAGAAAAACAGAAAGCUAUUGACAACUUAACGGAAAACACAAAGACAAACGCAGAAAAACAUGCCGCUCAACUACAACAUUUAGAGAACGAGCUUGAAGUAAAGAUGGAGGACCACAGAAGAAAGAACAAGAUGACAGAAGACGAGCUGGAAAAAAUCACGAGUCAACACAAAGACGAGACUGAGAAGAAAGAGAAGAUCAUCCAUUGGUUAAAGCAACAACACGCGGACAUCGAACGAAACUUGGAGGAGCUGAGACAGCAGAGCAAAGAUGACCGAGAAAACAACAGCAUCUUACAAAACACAAACGCAGAACUGGAGAAGAAAAACCAAGAGCUGACGUUUAAAUGCGAGAGUCUUGAGAAGGUUUUGCGAGCUCUCAGAGAGACGGAGGAUGAGAUGAAAGAGAUGCUCGGCCGCUACGAGACACAGAAGGAAAAAGACGCUCGGUCUCUAGAGCAAAUGCAAGAGCAACAGCAUCAGAUGGAUGAGUUCAAACAAGUGUUAGAAGAGAAACAGAGAGAGAUGAAAGAGCUCACAGUGUCUUAUGAAACUAAACUGAUGGGCCGAAACGGAAAAGACAUGGAAGCGUUGGAGAGAGAACGGCAAAUUCAAAGGAGAGAGGAGGAGGCCAAAAACACAGAAGAGAAUUUGGCAGAAAGCUGGAAGGAACUAGAACAAAACCAACAUGACUUGGCAAAACGAGAAGACGGCAUUAACAGAAGAGAAAAAGAGCUUACAGAUGAAAGGAAGAAUUUGGAGAAAAAACGGGAAAACCAGAGUGAGAAGUACAAACGUACGGCGGCGGAUCUGGAGGGAAUGAAAGAGGAGCUCGAGAAAAGACAAGGUGAGCUUAUAGAUAGAGAGAAAAAGAUCAGAGAGAGAGAGCAAGAGAUAAGCCAAACGAAAGAAGAACUAGACGCAGCUUGGGAGGAAAUGGAGGCCGAGCGAAAGGAGAUGAAGGAUGUGAACGAAAAGCACGAGAAACAUCUGGAAAACCUAAAACGACGGCUGGAGACAAGAGAACAAGAACUGCUGGAAACCGAGACGAAGUUAGUAAAAGAGCGUCGUGAGCUUAAAGAAGAAGAGAAGGCUUUGGGGUCGCUCAGAGUGAGUUUGGAAACGAGAGAAAAUGAAUUUAACAAACGUGAAACUGAUGCACAACAGAUGUGGGAAGUAAAAAUGCAAGAACUUGAAAACAACAAACAUGAGGUAGACAAAUGGCAAGCAGAGCUGGACAAUAAAGAACACGAGCUGCUGCGACGAACAGAUGAACUGCAGAGAAACAAAACGCUUACAGAGCAAAGUCAAGAUCGAGAGAAAGCGUUACUUCAGAGCAUUCACGAGGAAUUGGGAAGUGGGGAGCAAGAGCUAAAAAAAUGCGAAGAAGCGCUUUGUCGAAGAGAGCACAAACUGAAAAGCGAAGAAAUCCAUUUGGAGAAAAGACAGCAAGCUGUGCAAAACAGGGCGGAGCAGAAUGAAAACACCUUGCACGGUCUUCAAAAACAGCAGGAUGAUUUGAAAGACAAAGAGAAGUGUUUGGAUGCCAAAGAAACGCAACUGCGCCACCUCGAAGCCGAGCUCAACAGCCGAGGCCAUGACGUAACCCAAAAAGAGCGAUUCCUGCAGGGCCGAGAAUGUGACCUACAGAACAAAGAACGUGACAUGGAAAGCAAAAGACAAACGCUGGAGCGAAAAGAAAAAGACUUGGAGGACAGUAAACAACAACUGGGGAGCAAAGAGAGAGAUUCGAGUGAAGAUUUGCAAAAGAAACGAGAAGAACUGGAAAAGUGGGAGAAAUAUUUGUACAACGCCGAGCUCAAACUGAUACACGAAGAGCCGUUCUCAGAGUAUAGACGGCGGACAAACGGCGCUGAAUUUGAUGGAAAACAAGAAGAAAGGGAAGUUGAGGGAGACAUUUGUGAAAGAGACGCAACAAACUCAAAAAUCAGGCAUGCAAAUAACAGACGGGUGAAGACUUGGAACAGCAACGGGUCGCUGAAAGACAAGCCACGAGAACAUAGUCGAAUCCGUGCUAAGAAAGAGUCGUCGGAUGAAGACUUCUUUGAACCUGCCAUCGUCUUCCAAAGCAGCCCGAUGUUGGAGCUGAAACUGAUGCUUCUCACGGACACCUGGUCUUCGCGGCACACAGCGAGACACGCGUUCCUGGGGCCGGACGCCGACGGAGGAGACCCUUGGACAGGAGAGAUAGCCGGCAGGAGACUUACUGUCGUGACUCCACAAGGUCUGAAAUGGCGAUCUGGAGCCGACAGCGAGGUCGCGUUUGAAAAGCAUCUCUCUCGAAGUUUGUCCCUCUGUCAUCCAGGACCACACGCCUUCAUCCUGUUGAUACCUGCGUACGUGUGCUUCACCGCUCAGUACAGACGUGCGGUGGAACGGACCGUGGCGGCGCUCGGAGAGGGGGUGUGGCGGCGUGCUAUCGUUCUGCUCACCUGGGGGGAGACGUUGGGAGAAAGCGGCCGGCAGCACGUCAGGAGAAACGGGGACCUGGAGUGGCUGGUCAGAAAGUGUGGAAACAGAUGUCACGUGCUUGACAACAGACACCGGGAGACUCACGUGGUGAAGCUGCUGGAGCAAGUCGAGCUGAUGUUGACAGGGAAAAGUUAACGUUACUACAUUUACAUUUACAUGCAUGGCAGACGCUUUUAUCCGAAGCUACUUGCAUUGCAUUAUCCUAUACAUAAGUACCACAAAAAGGAAGAGUUUAACUGAGCCGUAGCCUACUAUCUGUGAAUAUUUAUGUUUAAUUUAUGAUGGUGGAUUUUGUUGGCCUUGAAUUUGAUUGAAUUAUACGCGAGUGUUCAUCUCAUAUGUCCUUGUGUUUUUCUUAACACGAAUACACAAACCGUUAAAUACUGUAAGAAAGCACCAAGCACAUCUAAAACAUUUACCAUUAUGUUCUUAUGCAAUGCACAGAUAUGUUACGCUCUGAAAAUACAUUCAAAUAAUUAUAAAGAAAAUUAUAAAGAUAAUCCCAUUAGGGAGAUUUUAUUAUAGUAAAAAUGAUGUAGUAAACCACAUUUUGGGAAAAUGGUUACCGUUUACUACAAAAUACCAUAGUUUUAAUACGAAUACCGUAUUUAAACUGUUAUUACUGAAGCCAAAACAUGGUUACAGAACCAUGAUUCUUCUAACCAUAACUUACCCCUUGAACCAGAAGGAAUGGAUUGGUUGAUCAAAUGGAACACAAGCCCUUAACUCAGUUCAAAGCCUACUGACCCUAAAUCUAACAUCGACCUGGUUGAUAGAAAUGUUGUGCAGGACCAACAACUAAAAUUACACAUGAGUAAAAAACAUUUGAUAGAUGUCGUUGCGUUAUGUAGAAUAACUGUGUUUAACAUUUAACCCAGUGGAGUAGCAGAAUUAUAGCUGCAUUCGUUCUCACCACACGAUGGCGCACUUGUAUAAGCUGCCCAAAUAAAUACAACUGUUUGACAAAAGUUCCUCACACCCGACGUUGUGUUGACACAAUUAGUAAUUAUCAUCACGUAAACAAUCAUUAACUAUGACAGAUGCUGUUUCUAUGUUUUUUACCUCCGUUUAAUUUUGGUGGAUAUGUGUCGUUCAGUGCCUUGCCACAGCCUUGGGUACACCGGUGUAGACCUCGGCUGGGUUAAAAGUUCAUAUUUUCAUUUUUAGACAAUGAUGAAUUUAUCCAGGGAUCUGAACAUGUGUGUUGAUACCGGUGAGAUAAGCCGUUAAAUUAGUCGUGACUGAAGUUUAUCCGUCGACUUUGUUAAGUACAAACAGAAGGAAACUGGAGGAAUUUUCCAUUAGUGGCUCGUGAAGCGGCGGAUGUCCUUCAUCCUGACAGGAAAUGAUGCUCUGUAAACCCCAAAACGGUUUUUUUGCAUCCACUGAAAAAAUCACUUUAUGUGUCACACACAGAAAACGCAACAUUUUGUCUGAGGACUAAUUGAGAUGUUCUUCCGCCGGUCAGAUGCAAUGCUGAAAACAUAGUGUUUAGUCCGUUUAUAACAUGGGGUCUUUUAAAAUAAUCCAUUAUUAAUCGCUUCAAGUAACGUAGACCACAUUAUAGAUUUUAGAAAAUAAUAUGCAAUAUUAUAAAGUCCAUUAGCUCUGUAAUGUCCAUUAAUGAUCAUUUUGGGUCAUUAUCUGCCUUUAAUGAUCAUGCAAAGCUAUGCUAACAUCAGUUCACUAGCAUCUCUUCUGCCUGAAAAGUCAAUUUACUGUUUUACUAAACAUAUAUGUGCAAUUCUUUGCAUGCUUGCAGUUGCAUUGUGUUAUGUGUAAUGGAUGAGAAAAACUCUUCACAAUUUUAAUGAGACUAAAUCAGGGUCGGCCCAGCCUCUGUUGGUGCCCUAGGCAAGAUUUAAGAUUGCGCCCCUCCUAUACAAAAUAAAUAAAUGAAUAAAUAAAGAUGAAUUUUUUUGCAAAAUUCAUAUUUAUUUUAAUAUAAAAUGAAUUGUGAUUAACUUAAAUAGGAAGUAAAUAAAUAACAACUACAAAUAUUACUACUAACUGUUUCACCUCACACGAAUAAAGUUAUUUGUGCGAGUAAACAUACACAAGAUAAACAUACAAAGUCAAUGCAAAUAAAUAGAACGUACGUAAAUCGCGUCUUCCGUGCACGUUAAAAAAAUUCAACUCGGGCGAGAAUUUUGCCUUGCGUGAAAAUAACGAACUACUCCCGCGAGUAAUAAAGUGCAAGAAACGCGUUUGGUCUGAACACAACAUGUUGUAGUCUGGGAGUGUGAUUAGCUGCACAGAUCACACUAGGUGACGUAAUUCAUAAGGCGUUAAGAUGGUAAAUUAAUUAAAAUCUUCACUCGUUUUGGCACCCCUAGCAUUUGCCUACUCCGCCUAUGCCCAGUGCCGGCCCUGGACCAAAUUCACUAUAAUUACCACAACCACAUUUGCCCACCUCUCAUCUCUUUCUUUUCUUUAAAGUCCCAGUGAAAUAAAAAAUGACAAUUCUUAUUUUUUCAUGAAAUAUAGCGUAUAUACUAAAUAGCUUAUCCAUGUGGGUCAUUUUCUUUUUAAAAUUCAUGUACCCUCAUAAUCUUCAGUUAAAAUCUAAAAAUUCACUUCCGCGCUGAAAUGACUAUCCAUCUUCCUUUGUGUUCAGCAGAACAAAUAAAUUUAUACAGACAGUCUGAGGGUGAGUAAAUAAAGACAGAAUUUUCAUUUUCAUCAUGUACUGAUGUUCUCAGCGCUCAGAAUGUUGUAAAAAUACAGCGUGGGACGCAAGGGUCUCGAGACGUGCUUUAGACAACAGAAAUUGCUGUGUCAACUUGCUAUUGUAAACAAGCGCAUGUUUACAUUAAAAAACAAUGGGAAAGUACCGCAGUGCAGUGAGAGUAAGACAUAAUAGCUUAACUGAACUAUUUGUCUACCGCAUUUGACAGAUGUGGUCCAGGUCAUAGAUUCCAAUGAUUUGUAUCAGGUGUGUUAAAUGAAGGAGACGUCCAAAGUGUGCAGUUUAUGUGGGUCUCCGGGACCGGCGGUUUGUGUGAAGUGUUUGGUUAUUCAGUGUGACAAAUGUGAAACCCACUGGUCUCAGGUGAAGUGCUCAAAAAACAUCAUUACCAAUAUCACAUGACUUCUAACUGAUUUUGACAUGGCCAACUGUGUCUGCGUCUUGAGGUUUGAAAAAAGUGUUGAAGGUCUGAGGAGCACAAGUUCAGGUGAGAUGGAGGCAUUCAGAGUUCAUAGUCAAACUGGCAAGGUUACGUUGUGUCAUUGUUUGAUUAUAACCUCUUUUGUCAUUGUACUCAACUCACGCUACAAGCACACCUGUUUUCCCCGGCCAAAUGGUCAGAAUACGUUGUUAAAUUGAUGCGAUAAAAAUGGAAAAAUAAAUCGUCUCUGUUGCUGCAGUGUGAGCGCAACAGUUGUGAUUCCCAACGUUAUAAAUGAAAUUUCCAACAAAGCUUGUCAGUGUUUGUUGGCACAGAAGGCAAACAAUUAAAGGGGUGAUAUGACACGGCUAAAAGGAAUAUUAUGGUUUGUUUUAGAUGUAAUGCAAUGUGUCUACAGGAUUUAAGGUUGAUCAACGCUGUAUUUUCCACACACCGUGCAUGUUUGUAUCUCCUCUUUGCUCCGCCUCUCUGAAACGCGCAGAUUUUUGUACAAAGCUCAUGGCUCUGAAAAGCGAGGUGUGCUGUGAUUGGCCAGUUCACCAGUGCGUAGUGAUUGGUGGAAUACUGCAAGCGUGUAACGCCUCUGACCAGGAACAUCAGGUUCCUCUUCAAUUGUGCUGACAGGUACGCCCACCUUACUUGAGUCUACAUUUGGGCGGUCUUAGUCCAAUCAGACCACCAGCUGAUGUAGAUUUGUGGGGUGUGGCUACACGAGGUGUUUCAGGCAGGUCUGGGUGAGCAUUCGCUUUUACAUAGAAUGACUCUUUUGUUCCCACACUUUCAUUUCUGCAGUUUUACACGUCUAAUACAUGCAUGAGCAACUUAUAACACACCAAAGACACAGAAAAACACGGCAUGAGUCUGCUGCUGCAAUUGUACAUACGUGAUUAUUUCAAGUUUUAUUUCAGAAAGGCAACUGUUGGUGUGCCAUGUGGUUGGUGUGCCGACAAAUAGUGUCAGUGCACUUGCGGCCCAACCUGAGUUUCAUUCCUGUCUCCAGUGUCCACACUCCCCUGUCUCUCUCCAAUGCUUUCCUGUCUUUUCUCCACCGUCCUUUCAAAAUUAAAGGCAAAAACGCCCCUAAAAUAUAUCUUUAAAAAAACUAAACCACAUUGAUUACGUCUGAGAGAAAUAAAUGUUCAUUUUAUAAUGUUUUUUAACAGAAAUGAGACAACCUCGAUGAUGUAUGCGAUAGACCUCUGGUCUGUGCUUAAAAUUUAAAGGGACAGUUCACCUAAAAUGAAUGAAGGUAAUGAAAUGAUGUUAUCAAAUGUUGUGACCAUCACAAUACUUCUAAUGCGAGGUUUUUUGUUUUUUUUACUUUCCGCCAUCCCAUACCCUCCUCCGAAAAAUUCAUCCAUGUAGUGGCAAUUAAAUUUGUACGCAACAGGCAGAUUUACUAAGCAUAGCUUAUAGUUCCUGUAGCUCAUCAGCCAUGGAAAAUCGAAACAAUUAUGGCACGUACAUGCUUUAUACUGCACACAAACACCUGUGUUGUUUUUAUUCGUCAUUACCCCAGUUUAAAACAAACUCAUUUUGUGUAUUUUUACAAACUCAAUUUCCCCCAUGAAAAUUUGAUGUUGGUGUUGGGAGUGCACGGUAGAAAAUCUCUUUCUGACGAUGAAAGAUGUACAUCGUGUACAUUUAAUCUCUCACCUCAAAGGCAGCUGAAGUGGUGUUUAUUACUUGGUGGAACAAACAGACACCCCUGAAAUAAUACCAUGACCCUUCAACUGGUCGAGCAUGGCAGGUCGAUGUUAUAUUAUUUGAAGUCAACCAUGCUGGUUUACCACAGUAACCUACAGUGUGGUAUAUAAUACUUCAACUUUGGUUAUACAAAAGGAAAUCCAUCAACAUGAACAUUAUUACUACCCUUUUUUUACGACAGUUAAAGUGUGGUUGUUUUGGUAGAUGUAAACACCGGACUCUCAUUGAGGCUCUGAAAGGUCUUUUCAGAUUGCUUUUGUUGUGAUAUAUCAGUGGCGGAGGUUCCGUGUGUGUCCGCCUGGACAGAGAAGCUCGGUCAGGGCACAAAAUGGCUCCUGGCAGUGCCAACUGUACGUGAGAUUUUAUGAGCUAUUUCACGACGCGAUGGUGUGGCACCGUGAGAGGGUAUGUUAUAGAAGGAAGGUAUGUGCCAGCUCGGUGGUUUCAGCAUGGAGACUACAAACCAAGAUGGCUGCUUGGUCCAGGACUACAAAUACCAGAUGCCUCGGCGGGGGACGAACAGCUGUUGUGAGGAGGAACUCCAGAGUGAGAAGAGUGUCCGUGUUUUCUGUUGUAAAGUUUUGGGGCGUUUAAGUUGUAGAUUAAAAAGAAAAGAGAACCCUUUACUUUUACUCUGCCUGGACUCCAUUUAAGAAGGCCACGCGUGCUUUGGUGAUUCCCUACCUCUCACAAUGCCACAGAUGGGAUCAAAUUAUUUCAUUGUUUUUUCACCCUCGUGUCAUUUGAAACCUGUACGAGUUUCUUUCUUCUUCAGAACACUUCAGAAGAUGUUUUGAAGAACGUUGAUAACCAAACAACACUGAACCCCAUUGACUUCCAUUGUAUAAACACAAAACCACAGAGACAUUUCUCGAAAUUUCUUCUGUUGUGUUCCACUGAAGAAAGACUCGCAUACAGAUUUACAACCACAGGAGGGUAAAUAAAUGAUUAUUGUUUUAUUUUUAGUUUUUGGGUGAACUGUCCCUUUACGACUGAACAAACAACCAAAUAAAUAAAUGAAUGAUGAAUAACGCUACUGAAGUCCUUUAUGAAGUUUGCUACAAAAUGAGUAUUUGCUCAAAUGUACAUUUAGAAAAAAGUUCAACGUUUUUAAGAACGACAGUAUCUACACCCGUCCUCGGUUUUGUAAGUUAAAGCAGUUAUUUGAUUGUUUGUGUUUUUUAUAAAGUAUAUCAAUAUCAACUACAGUAGAUAUAGAUUAGGUAUUAUAUUUGACAACAUAGACGGUAUAAACAGAACACAGGACACAUCCAGACACUGCGGUAUACAUCUAUUUAUUUACAGUAUAGGCAGUUUGUAAUAACAUCUGAAUGAUUUUCAUGACAUGUUUUCUAAUUCAUUUGUUCAUGUAUGAAUUAUUCACAGUGCCGGGAAGCAGAAGAAGGAGAUGAUGUGAUUUUAGACGAGACCCGAGACGCUUUUUCACGCCCAGUCGCUUUCACACGGUAUCACAGGACAGACAGCGAGCCGGCAGAAUGAAGGAAUGUUAAAUAAAAUGUUUGGCUUAGAUAUUCUCUGUAAGAAACGGAGCGGAGAGCCGCAGCGCAUCAUCUCCUGAUGUGCGGUGCAUUCACAGUUCACUGGCGUCCGGACGCUGAUGCGAUGAGACGGGGAAACCUUUACAGCAUCAAACGGGGGUAUAGUAUCGGAGAAGGCUGACCGAGCCGUGAACCGCAGCUCCAACACGGAGCAAAUUAGCAUCGACAAAAAUAGCACCGCGUUUUUAGAUCGCUUAUGUGAGAAGCAGCAAAUGCAGCCGGCGGUGUCAGGUCCUGUCACAUCAGGGAUGCCUAGCAAUGCCCCCCCGCGUACACGACUGGUGACGGGUCAGGACUGCAGGACUGCUCGACCCAGACGGAACAAGUGCGUGAUAUAAGAACAAAGCUAUAAAGCUACAUUGGGAGAAGACACAGAUACAUCCCUAGACAGCAAAGAUUUUUGAUUAAACUGGUUAUUUAAGCAUCUAAAGGACACAUUUAAGUUCAUUCAGACAGAAUGUUGAAUGUUUAGGCUGUAAGAUUUAAGACAUCGACAUCUGUACAUUGAGAUCUGAAAGCUGGUCAUGUCGCCAUAGCGACAGAGAGAGAGAGACAGCAUUAAGGAAAGGCCGAGCAGUUUAAGGCGGUUGGGAGGAGAUCUUAAAAGCUUCUGCUGGAGGUGAGAUGUCAGGUCAGAGCACCUCUCAACCUCCUGAACAAAUCUCCUCAAACGACACCUGAAACACAAAGUGCAUGAACAUUUGGUACAGAUGAAAACAAUGAGCCAUCACAUUGGGAAUAUAGUUAGUUUGUUUGUUUGUUUAAUGCAUUUGCUUUUCAGGGUGAAGUGACUUUAACAGUCUCUGAGUUGUGACAUUGCAGCCCGUGGGCUUUAUUAAGCAUUGAAAACGCUGUCCGGAGCCAAAACCUGUCAUAUUAAAAUAUAGAUUUUCUCUC